AUGGACCAGGUGGCGGCCCAGGAGUCCGAACGGCAGGUGGCCCAAGGUGGACAAGAUAUGGACCAGUGGCGGCCAAGGAAGUGGAACAGCAGGUGGAAACCAGGAGGUGGACCAAUAAGUGGACCAAGCGGUGAACCAGGAGGUGGACCAAUCAUGUGGACAAGAUAUGAACCAGGAGUUGGACCAAGAGGUGGACCAGGAGGUGGACCAGGUGGCGGCCCAGGAAGUGGAACAGCAAGUGGCCGAGAAGGUGGACCAAGAUAUGGACCAGGAGGUGGACCAAAAGGUGGACCAGGAGGUGGACCAAGAGGUGGACCAGGUGGCGGCCCAAAAAGUGGGGCAGGAGGAGGUGGACCAGGAGGUGGACUAGGAAGUGGAGAGAAGAUGAGAGUGGAGGUGGACGAUACUAUAAUCCAAGUGUUUUUCAGCUCUAAUCCUCUGGGUAAAGGCAUGAACCUAGUUGUAUCCUAUAAGAAAGUGCUCAUCAGUAAAAAGGAUAAACCUCGUCCCUGA